GUUUAACCAACUAGCUGACCUGCCAUAAACCGAAAAGUUAGACCAAAAACAAGAAAAGAGGUCAUAAAAACAGAGGAACAAAUUUAGUGAAAAAAGAGAGUACUAUAACUGAGAUGGUAUAGAAAAUGGUCAAUUGCUUUUAGCGCAGAAAAGACAUCUGUUCUAAUUCAUGAAUGGCCCAUCAAAGAAGUUGACGCACCUUAAACGAGUCGUUAAAACAACUGCCACAGCAGAGCCAUGCAAGUCUCUCCUGGAAAACUGCGCCAAAACCAAAUCUUUAAGAACCACAAAAGGAGUCCAUGCCCAUACCAUUACCCUCGGCCUCCUUCAGUCCCUCAGUUCGAAUCAUUUGCUUUCUCUCCUGACAGCUGCAUAUGCACUCUGUGGUCACACUUCAUACGCUCGCAAAGUGUUCGAUGAAUUGCCUCAACGAACCUUGCUCUCAUACAGGUCCAUGAUAAGAAUGUACACCGAAAAGGGGUUGCCUAAAGUUGCGCUCAAAAUCUUCGGGGAAAUGCUGCGAUCGGAUAAACACAAGCCUGACAGACAUACUUUUCCGUAUGUGAUUAGGGCGUGCAGUGACUUGUUCUUACUUCAACAGGGUGUUGUUAUUCAUGGGUUGACUGUUAUAAGUGGGUUUAUGUGGGAUACUUUUGUGGGAAAUUCACUUUUGACCUUGUAUAUGAGUUGUGGAGAUAAGAAGGGCGCUAGGAGGGUCUUUGAUGCAAUGCAGGCUCGAACCGUUGUGACCUGGAACACUAUGAUCAGUGGGUAUUGCCGAAAUGAUAGUCCCAAGGAGGCCCUAAUGAUUUUCAAGAGAAUGGAAGAUGCUGGUGUUGAUGCUGAUUGUGCCACUGUGCUUUCCCUAUUGCCUGCGUGUGGGCGUCUGAAGGAUUUUGAGAUGGGUAGAAAGGUUCACUCACUGGUCGAAGAAUUAAGUUUUUGGGACAAUUUGUCAGUUAGGAAUGCCGUCGUUGAUAUGUACGUUAAGUGUGGUAUAAUGGAUGAGGCAAGGUUGGUUUUUGAGAAGAUGGUUGAUAGAGACGUGGUGACUUGGACUACAAUGAUCCACGGGUUCAUUUCAGAUGGUGACAUAAAAAACGCACUAUGGUUUUCUCAAAGGAUGCAGCUUGAAGGUGCAAAGCCGAAUGCAGUAACUCUGUCAUCCCUUCUUGCUGCAUGCGCUAGGUUGCCUCAUUUGAGUCUUGGUAAAUGCCUGCAUGGCUGGGCUAUCAGGCAGGACCUUCAGUCUGAUGUUAAUGUAGAAACUGGCCUUAUUGACAUGUAUGCUAAAUGCAACUGUUUUAGACUUGGCUAUCAGGUGUUUGCAAGGACUAGCAAGAAAAGGACUGUUCCGUGGAAUGCAAUUUUGUCCGGGUGUCUUCAUAAUCAGCUUGCAAGAGAAGCGAUAGAGCUUUUCAAGCUAAUGUUGUCAGAAGCUGUCAAACCUAAUGAUGCAACCUUGAAGAGUGUACUUCCUGCAUUUGCUAUUGAAGCUGAUCUCAGGCAAGCGUUGAGCAUACACAGCUAUCUUGUAAGAUCUGGAUUUGUUACAAGAACUGAGGUGGCUACUGGAUUAGUUGAUAUACACUCAAAAUGUGGAAAUUUAGAUAAUAGUCACAAGAUCUUCAAUGGGAUACCCACGAAAGAAAGGGACAUAAUUUUGUGGAGUACGUUAAUAGCUGGUUAUGGGAUGCAUGGGCACGGCGAGACUUCUCUGUCGCUGUUUAAUCAGAUGGUACAAUCUGGGAUCAAACCUAACGAAGUCACUUUCACCUCGGCUUUGCAUGCUUGCGGUCAUGCUGGAUUGGUGGAUGACGGUCUUUGUUUGUUUAAUUUCAUGCUUAGAAAUCACUCUGAUAGUCUUAGAACAGAUCAUUAUACCUGUAUGGUUGAUCUUCUUGGUCGAGCCGGACGACUUGAGGAAGCAUAUGAACUUAUAAAAACUAUGAUUUUCGAACCAAGUCAUGCCAUCUGGGGCGCACUGCUAGGUGCCUGUGUGAUACAUGAAAAUGUGGAACUGGGAGAAUUGGCUGCAAGGUGGCUAUUUAAGCUGGAGCCAGAGAACACAGGAAAUUAUGUACUGUUGGGAAAGAUCUAUUCUGCAGUUGGAAGAUGGAAAGAUGCAGAGAAUGUGAGACUUUUGAUGGAUGAAAUUGGACUAGUAAAGACUCCAGCUCAAAGUGUCAUUGGGGUGACAAGUAGGUGAUUUCUUUUACUUUCCUUAUCCUUGUAGCUGAAAGCCAUUUUCCGAUGCAAAUAGAUCCAAACUAGAGCUGAAGCGGAUGGAAACAUCCGAGGAAUAUGCAAUAGUAGGAUGAGACCUAUUAGUUGCUAAUGACCUCCUCGAUUUUGCUAUUGUAAUUAUAAAUCUGCAAUGCUCCUCGUACUUGCAAUAGUUAGGUUGAUUGGUUUUAUACAUUCAGUCAAUCACAACUGUUCAUAUGCUGAAAUUGAAGCUGGUUGAUAUCACCAUUUAACUUUAAGAAUUUACAUA